GAGAAAGAAAUAACUGCUAUUUGAUGUUGACAACGCUUCAGAUGUUUUGUGUGCAUUCUUGUGAACUCCCCCUCAUUGGUUUACACGGUUGUCAAUCAUUCCUGUGACCAUCCUCUUUACCAAGACUCACGCUCCUAUUGGUUCAGCUAUUAGCCCUCCCCCCUUCCAAAAACGUCCUCUUGACCAAUGAGCGUCAGGGGGGCGUGCCCUUUGCGGCGGAGGGCUCUAACGCGCCUACAGUGGAGGAAUCGAGCGUCCCCAAACGCACACAGCGUAGAGGAGAGAACUGUGGAAAGGAGUUAACGGUUUCCUUUUUGCCCCCCCGUACCAUUAAAAUAACAAAGACGAACCAAACGUGAAUUUAGGGGGACUCAAAAAGUGUUCUGCUCUCAAGGAGGAGGGAAACGUGGAUUGUAAUAGCAAGUUUUCUUUUCUUUUUUUUUGGUUCUCUUUUUCUUAAAAGAGGAUUUUUGUGUUUCGCGGUGGUUUGUUGAACGUUCGCACCGCAAAGAUGAUGGUCGGAGAGGUCGAAGUGAAGGAGCGACCGAGGCCGAGUCCCGACUAUUUGAUGCAAUUAUUGAACGAAAAGAAGCUCAUGACGAGCUUGCCAAAUCUGUGCGGAAUCUUCACACACUUAGAGAGGCUUCUUGACGAAGAGAUCAACAGAGUGCGUAAAGACAUGUACAGUGACACAGUGAAUGGCCUUGUGGACAAACACCCGCUGGAGCUGCCUGAACCCAUUGGACCCAUCGUUCACCUCCAGGAAAAACUGUUUGUGCCUGUCAAAGAAUACCCAGAUUAUAACUUCGUGGGGAGAAUCCUUGGACCCCGAGGGCUCACUGCCAAACAAUUGGAAGCAGAAACAGGAUGCAAAAUCAUGGUGCGAGGAAAGAGCUCCAUGAGAGACAAAAAGAAGGAGGAGCAGAACAGAGGGAAGCCAAACUGGGAGCACCUAAAUGAAGACCUACACGUCCUAAUCACAGUGGAAGACACACAAACCAGAGCCGAAAUCAAGAUGAAGAGAGCGGUGGAGGAGGUCAAGAAGCUCCUUGUUCCUGCUGCGGAGGGUGAAGACAACUUGAAGAAGAUGCAGCUGAUGGAGUUAGCCAUCCUUAAUGGAACAUAUAGAGACAACAAUAUCAAAACACCCACCCUUGCGUUCUCUCUUGCAGCAGCGGCAGCAGCCGCUCAGGGCCCCCGCCUCAUAGCGGCGCCCACAGGUCAGGUGUUGCCUCCUCCAUCACUCCGCCCCCCAACACCGGCCGGGGCGCCCAUCAUGAACCUCAUCCGGCCCACUCAGAUGGCUGCAAUGCUGCCCAAUGGCACCCCCACCCUGGUGCCUCCGACACCAGAAGCUGGCCUAAUCUACACCACCCCUUAUGAGUACCCUUACGCCUUGGCACCCACCUCCCUGCUGGAGUACCCCAUCGAGCACAGUGGGGUUCUAGGUAAGAGAGCCUGGGGGAGCAUGGGUACAGCCACCAGCUUUAGCCAGCCUGGACAGGAGGGCAGCUUGUUUUACCCCGGAGUCGGGGUGCUGGACGCAGCUUCCAUGAGCCACAGUCAGGACUUGUUGAAAGGUGCAAUGGCUACUAAAGUGAGACGGCAUGACACGCGGGUCCAUCCUUACCAAAGGAUUGUGACCGCUGACAGAGGUCAGUUUAGUCUCUAUUGACUGAUGCAUUUCAAUGAUUUCUAUGCCUAUUAUGCCUCAAUGCCUUAGUUUAGAAAUUGUCUAUAUUGUACGUUGUUUUUUUCCUACUCCAAACACCCACCAGCUAAAUUGGUUGUGUGGUUUACACGAUUUUGUUUACAUGUUGUACUUAAAUGCAGUAAGUGUGGACUUGUACAUGUCAAAGCUCAGGCAAAAGUGAUCUUAAGAGUUCAAGCAGCUGUGAAAGCAGGAAAGCUAAAGACUUAGCCGAGAGUAUUCAAGGUGUAUCGCGACAUUCCUGAUGUGAGAUUAGAGCCUCAGACGAAGCAGCCUUGUUCCCAUACACGACUUAUCUCCUCGGCUCUUAAGGAGCGAGGAAAAGGAGAUGCAUUUCUGUUCUGUAUCGGAGGACAGUUACCCCGGCUGCUUUCAGGCGCCAUUUCACUCCGGGUUGUUUCCAUAUAUUUUUGUUAUUUUUGUUAGCAGAGGUGGACACGCACAGACAUUUGCUAAUGUAGUUUGCGUGUAUUGAAAUAAAGCUAAACAACUUUUCUUUAUCAUUUCCAUUGUACAUGAGGUACUGUCAUUUUAUAUUUGAGCCUUUUUAUAUCUAAUGUAUUUAUGUUUUUUCUGUAUAUUUAUAUUAUAUAAAAAAUUACUGCUAAAUAAAGAGAAAGAAUCGGAAAGCAGCGAUUCAUCUCUUCAUUGCACAUGUGCCACUAGUCAGUUAUCCCUCACAUAACAUUAGUUAUUUUUUAAUAAGUCUCCUUACCACUAAUCACGCUGUUUGUAACUUGCACUUCAAAGAAACUAAAACGCUGCAUUUUUGGUUUAUUUAAUUUCCGUUUGACCUUUGUCUGCUUCUUUUUUUGUGUUAUAAAUGAAACCAUCGAGGCUAAUCUGAUUAAAGAGUCAGGCUUAGCAGUUUUGGAUCAUGACCACAUCAUCAAAUUAGCCCAGUUCAUCUGGUAGCGGCAGGGAGAUUAGCAGCUCAGAGAUUAGGAUCAUUUUUAUUGUUUAAAUGAUGUCAUUCCGAUCUCUUCUUGCUGACACUAAUAUCCUUUCUAUCUUUUUUUUCUGUUUGUUUUUUUGUUUUUGUUUCUAACCACCUAGCCGCCACCGGCAACUAACACAUGACCUUCUGACCUCUGAACUCUUCACCCAAUGACGAGCCGCCCCAAGCCUGCCUGCUGAUCAGUUAACUGGUAAUUGCCUUUUGCUAGCCUCUCGGACGCAAGAGAGGAAGAGAGCGGCGCCUGCCCGUAAAGUUACCCUAACUUUCUGACAAAACAAAAAGCUAGAAAUCGACUCCGAAUCUUCACUGAAACACAACAAAAACCCAACAAAGUUUUGUAUUAUUGUUUGUUUUUGUUUUUUUUGUUGUUUUUUUUUUCCCCUGUGUUCAUUGAGUUUACUUCCCAUUCUUUCUCUUUCUUUUUCUUCAUGAAUCAGGGUGGAUGUGUUUGCGGUAUAUAUUCCUCAUGAAAUCUGCACUGAAUUAUAUAGCAAUAAAGCCCCCACCCCAACCAACCGACCCCACCCCGUUGGAACUGCUCUGAUUCGGUGACCUCAUUCGUUUCUGUCCAACAUCUUAAGAAUGUGACGCCAGCCAUUUUGGUUUAAAAAGCCGAGUCACCUCCAGAUGCACCCAACCCCCCUCCCUACUGAAACAUGUCCCAGGAGCGCCCCUCCCCCAGUAAAACACCCACCUACUGCAAGAGAAAAAGAAAUGGAGGGAAAGAGAACACUCACAAUAACUGUUUGAUUUCUGUCAUUCUCCACAUGUACUUCAGUUGUUGAGCUCUGUGUUGUAAUUAUAAGCUGACACAUUCUGGGUGUGCCCCUCUAAACAGCUUUCUGUCUGUUUUUAAAAAGCAUGGCCUAAAUGAUCGCAGAAGGAGCUUUUAUUUUUAUCAUUUCUGUUUUUAUUUUAUUUUCCCCCUUUUGUCUUGUUUUAAUGCUUUUUUUUUCUUAAAUUUGGUUCACUAAUUAGCCUAGCUCUUGAGCUGAGUCGCUAAAACGAUUUUAAGCUAUGGUCACAUACACAAUACGGCGCAACCAAACUUGCUGAGAAGCUAGCAGCAUUUCCGCGUGUGCGACCAUAGCUUAAAUAAAAACAGUGUCCUGUUUGAGGCAGGCCGAUGAAAGGCGAGAUGGGAGGAAGCGUUUGGGUUGUUGGGUCUGUGCGCAUGUGUGUGUGCUUUUUAAUGAUACUACAUUGAAAGUAGGGUGUGGCGAGGCGUCGGGGGCGUUGUUUAUUAGCAGCUACGCCCCCGCCCACACUACACCCACUCUACAGUGCCUGAUGUAUUUAGAAAAAAAAAAUAUCUCAAGUUAGCUGAGCUGUGAUAACAAAGACAAAAAAAAGUAUUGUGUGCAUAUUUAGCCAAAGGGUUCUCCAGUGAAUUAUAUAUCUGCAAUUAUGCAUUUGUCUCCUAGAGGGCUCUCCUUGGAGUUUGCCACCUGUUUUUUUAAAUUUUUUUUUAAUUUUAGCUGAAACAGACGGUCAGAUGAGUUUGGACCCAUUUUACCGCUCAGUCCUUUUUAUUUUUAUUUUUUUCAUAAAUACAGGCGUUUAACACUAAAUAACAGGCUAAUACAAAUAACUAGGAACAAGGACACUGAUGUGGUGUACAUAAAACAAGUCAUAUCAGUUGCACUGAAAAGCAGCUGUUUCUUUUUAGUAUUUUUCUCUUUUUUUAGCUCAAAUUUAGACGAUUUUGUUGUUGAUUUAUGUUUAACUCCAGUGGGUCAUCUUAUGUCAUUCUGGGUGCUCAUGACCUAACCCUUCCUUUUUCUUUAAUUUUAAUUUUUUUUUUUUUGUUUAGCAUGUUUAAACUUUGUCACCAGUGCAUCCACAAUGUGUCACACCUUCCUCUGAUCCCAGAGUCUACGGUCUUGUUCAACUUUCUCAAGAAAAAUAGGAUGUGAAAGCCAUGCCUGCCUGUUCAAAUUGCUUUAUACAUAUGUCUCACACGUAUAUAUAAGAAUAUAAAUACAAAUGUAGAUAUGUCAUUGCAGAAGAGAACAAAAAAUAGAUAAUUUUACAGGGUGCUGGAGAGAAAAAAAAAAUUUGAAAAAUCUAUUUUUGGCAAUUUUAGCUUUUGAUACUUUUACUUGCAGUUAUAAAAUCAUAAAGAAAAAAAAAAAGUUCCAAACAGUAUAGACCGUCAAAGCGAGUGGGUGAGGAAUUAAAAAAA